AUGUACGAAGAACGGUUCAUCAUCAUUGGUGGGAUUGGAGCUGGAAAAAGCACAACUGGAAACAUAAUACUGGGGAGAAAAGCGUUUGAUGCAAAUACAAUGAGUGAUCGAGUAACAAAAGAGCCAGCCACUGAAAGCGCUACCCGGUUUAAUAGAAAAGUGUCUGUUGUUGAUACCCCUGGAUUUGAUGCUUCAAACAGAAUCUUUAACGAGAACAUUCUAAGAAAACUAACAUCGCACUGCUCAUUGCGCUACAGAGCAAUUAUUUUAGUUUUAAGAAUACAAGAGUUUGAGACUAAUGAAAAAAUUGUUACCUUCCUUAACGACGUACUACCUAAAGAUGCAUAUGAGCACCUUAUCAUUAUAUUCUCAAAUAUUGCUGCUUUAGAAAAAAAUGACGAAACUAUUGAGGGAAAUUUGGAAAGCUAUCCUGAGAGUUCAUCACUACAUCAACUUCUUGCGAGAAUAAAUCACCGAUAUGUGGGACUUAAAUAUUAUUCUGAAAUUAACAGAGAAAACACAGAAAAAAUCGCAAGCAAAAUUCUUAAAUGGAUUGACACUCUUCCAACCUUACCAAUAUGUUUAUGUUUUUCGAUUUGUGCAAAGGAGCAGCCAGUAAUAAAAAAAGAAGAUAACCAAGUCCCUGAUAAAAACGAGCUGCGACUCAUAUUAAUUGGGAAAACAGGAGUUGGAAAAAGUUCUACCGGAAAUUCGAUACUUGAGGAGGCAGCAUUUCCCUCCAAAACUGGACCACGAUCUACAACUAAAGUCACUUCAUUCAGAAGUAAAUUCCGCUUUGACAGAUACUUAGUUGUAGUUGAUACACCUGGUUUAAAUGAAUUCAAUAAUGUAAGCAAUGCGAAACAAAGGGAACGCGAAAUAACUUCUGAAGUUACUAAAUCUUUAAUGAUCACAUCUCCUGGCCCACACGCAUUCAUACUAGUUAUGGAGCCCGGAAGAUUCACCCCUGAAGACCAAGAAACUAUAUCAUGCUACAGAACAGUAUUUGGUGAAGAAUUUGAAAAGUAUGCUGUUGUACUUUUUACAAACAAAGAUCGACUUGAGAAAGAAGACAUUUCGAUUGACGAUUGGGUAAGGGAACUCGAACCUGGAAGCAAUUUAAAAGAAUUAAUCGAAAAGGCCAAUAAUCGUUAUUUAAUUAUGGAUUACAACAAAAAACGUCUAUGGGAACAGCGUGAUGACGUUAAAAAGCUCCUCAAUAUUAUCAAAAGUAUGGAUAACAAAAUACCUUUCUACAAAACAAAAUAUAGCGAGAAAACGGAGAUAGUAUUUAAUAAUAUACUGAAAGAAUUUCAGAAGCAAAAGUACUUUCAAAAUGGUGUUUAUGUGAAUCCAAGAGACGAAGCAAGAAAAGUGAUACUGAAAACAUACUCUACAGAAAAAAUUCAGGCUUUUCACGACGAAGAUUCAUCUCUGUCAUCCUACAUUCUUGGAAUAAUUGCAGCAGUAGGCGCAUAUUCCCUUUAUCUAGUAGUUUUAGUAUAGCUAGUAAACUACA